CCCGCAAUCUUGAUCAUCGUCUGGCCCCAGUUGGGGGUUCUGGUUGGACUGCGGCGGCUGCAUUUUCGGCCAACAUGGACCGAACCUCUGAGGCAUUUACUCGAAAGGGAUUUUAACAACCGCCGGGGAAAAUGGCCGAGAGGUUGGAGUGGGUGGAGAUCAUCGAGCCGCGCACGCGCGAGCGCAUGUACGCCAACCUGCUGACGGGCGAGUGCGUGUGGGACCCGCCGCCGGGUGUGCGCAUCAAGCGCACCGGCGACAACCAGUGGUGGGAGCUGUUUGACCCCAACACCUCGCGCUUCUACUACUACAACGCUUCCACGCAGCGCACCGUCUGGCACCGCCCGCAAGGCUGCGACAUCAUCCCGCUGGCUAAACUGCAGACGCUCAAGCAGCACACCGACGGCGCUAGCCCACGUCACGCCAGCGCCGCCGCCGGUGGAGGAGGAGGAGCGUCAGCCGACAACAGUCCGGGACGCAACAGCGGGGUCAGCCGGGAUGGGAGCACUUCGUCCUCCCUGGACCAGGAAGGGACGGACAAGCAGACCGGGAAAGACGAAGCCGAGCGGACGUCCCCGUUCCGGUGGAACACGGGCACCAAGGAGCGCAUGCUGAUCAAGGUGACGGACCGCGAGCCGAGCUUCCUGUCCCACCAAGGUAACGGUUACUCCCCGUGCGAGCCGGGGGCGCCGUCAGGCCCCCCGCGAAGCCGCCGUUCCUCCGGGGGCGGUAACCCGGCGCCCCCCGAAGCCGAUGGCUCCCCCGGCCCGUACCCGGAGCGCCGGCAUUCUCCCUUCUUGAAGCGCGCCGAGCCGGGCGGUUCCCAGCGCCGGCCCUCGGCCGACUCGCAGCCGUCGUCCCCCCGCUACGCCUACGAGCCGCCGCUCUACGAGGAGCCGCCCUCCGAGUACCAGCCGCCGCCCAUCUACGAGGAGCCGCCCUCCGACGUUCACCUGUCGGACUCCUCCUUCUACGGCAGCGGGAAGUCGCCCGGCCGCAAGACCUCGGUGCCCCUCUACCACUCCCCCAAGCAGUCCCCUUAUGGCCAGCUGGUUCUGACCCGGCAGAAGUGUCCGGAGAAGACCCAGAGCCUGGAGUACAGUCCCGUGGGGAAGGAGUACGUCAAGCAGCUGGUGUACGUGGAGCAGUCGUCCUCCAGCCCUCGCUUCAAGACGGCCGACCGGCUGCUGCGUUACGGCACCGCCGGCGGCUACGGCGGCUCCUACGGGGGCUCCUACACGCUGCAGCACAGCCAGUCUCUGAUAAGGGACCCCCGCCUGUUGCUGGACUACAGCGGCGAGGGGGGUCAGAGGCUACUCUACGAGGACUCCGUCUCCUGGUCGUCGAGUCAGACUCACUCCCUGUCCUCGUCGGCCGCCGGGACCUUCUCUCCCGGCGGCAACCGCAAACGCAAGAGCCGCAAGCCGUCGCUUCCGCAGGAGCUGGCCCGCUGCGGCGCCCCCGACGGCGACUUUGGCGGCACGGCGUCGGAGGCCAUGCUGGCGCAGGCCCGGCUGGCGUGGGAGGCGCAGCAGGUGAUGAAGCAGCGCAGCAGCUGGGACUCGGGCCAGGGCGGCGGCGGCGGGGCGCAGAGCUCCAAGGACGGCUACGAAAGCGACGGCGCCGUGCCCGCCCCGCUGCCGGGGCCGGUGGUGAGGGCCUUCAGCGAGGACGAGGCCCUGGCGCAGAGCGACGGACACCUUUGGAAGAGAAGCACCUUCGAGCGCCUCGGAUUCCCUCAGGUCCUGCUGGAGAAAAGUCUCUCCAUGCAGACCAGCCUGGCGUCGCCCGAGACGUAUCUCCAUCCCUCGCAGUCGGAGGACCUGGGAGCCUGCGCCCAGUUUGAGGCCAGUCGCAAUGCCAGGAACAUGAUGCCGAGCGCCAGCUGCGGCGUUUUCCCGGAAUUCACCCUGAGGAAACCGUCCUCCGAGACCGACAUCGAGAACUGGGCGUCCAAGCACUUCAACAAACACACACAGGGUCUAUUCAGGAGGAAGGUGUCCAUCGCCAACAUGCUAGCAUGGAGCAGCGAGCCCAUCAAGAAGCCCAUGAUCGUCACGUCGGACCGCAGCGUCAAGAAGGAGGCGGUGGACAUCUUCAAGCUCAUCCAGACCUACAUGGGGGACCGCCGCGCCAAAGUCGACCCCCUCUGCGUAGCCCUGGAGGUGGUGGUCCGUGGGUGGAGCAACCAGGGCCUCCGCGACGAGCUGUACAUCCAGCUGUGCCGGCAGACCACGGAGAACUUCCGCUACGACAGCCUCGAGCGCGGCUGGGAGCUGAUGGCCAUCUGCCUGGCCUUCUUCCCGCCCACGCCGCGCUUCCACGCCUACCUGGAGGGUUACAUCUGCAGACACAUGGACCCCCUCAAUGACACCAAGGGUACGCUCGCGCCGUCACAAGUGUCCCACCUUAUUUUAUUACAUGAGGGUCUAAAUAUUCAGCCCCCAGUAUUAUUAAAAAUAAGCCACCUUAAAUGUUUGGGGUCGGGGGGUGUACUAUUCUGUUCAGGAGUGGCUAUAAGCAGCUACGCUAAACAUUGCUACAGGAAGCUCACCAAGGCGGCGCUGACCGGGGCCAAGAAGGGUCUUCAGAAGCCGUGCUUGGAGGAGAUCCAGCAUGCCCGCAACGCCAUCUUCAGCCCGUCCAUGUUCGGCUCUUCCCUGGAGGAGGUCAUGGCCCUGCAGAGGGAACGCUACCCGGACCACCAGCUGCCCUGGGUCCAGACCCGCCUGUCCGAGGAGGUCCUGGGCCUCAACGGGGACCAGACGGAGGGCAUCUUCAGGGUUCCGGGAGACAUCGAUGAGGUGAACGCCCUCAAGCUGCAAGUGGACCAAUGGAAGAUCCCCACAGGACUGGAAGACCCUCACAUUCCAGCGUCGCUGCUGAAGUUUUGGUACCGCGAGCUGGAGGAGCCGCUGAUCCCGCACGAGUUCUACGACGAGUGCGUCAAGAACUACGACAACGCCGAGGCCGCCGUCCAAGUGGUGCUGGGACUGCCGCACAUCAACAAACUGGUGCUCUGCUACCUCAUACGCUUCCUGCAGGUGUUCGCGCAGCCGUCCAACGUGUCGGUGACUAAGAUGGACGUCAACAACCUGGCCAUGGUGAUGGCGCCCAACUGCCUGCGCUGCCAGUCGGACGACCCGCGCGUCAUCUUCGAGAACACCCGCAAGGAGAUGUCCUUCAUCAGGCUGCUCAUCCACUCACUGGACACCGGCUUCAUGGACGCCAUCCUAUAACACCCCCCCCUUGAUCCCCCUACCCCACAACAAGAAGGCAGCAUAGCCCACACCCUUGUGGUACUCCGCGUGCCUUGAUGGAAACCCCCCUCCAGUAUUUUCUCCACUUCCUUCAUGUCCACGCGCUAGUGUGUGCUUUGUCCUCACUAGCAAGACAAUUCAGCGCACUAGUAGCACCAGUCCAUUGCACUCGGUGACGUUUUGACCCCCCCGCAUGACAUUUUGUUUUGUCUCGCUCGUGACGUUUUCUCCACUCUCGAAUGACAUUUCUGUGCGCUACGAUAAUGCGCUAGUUGAACAACACACGUACCGACCGCCUCACUAGUGGCAUUUUUUUUUUUUUACUUCUCUUAUUAAUUCUGCAGUACGGCGACUUUGGCGUAGGACAACGACAUAUCAGGAGCGAGGCAAUGCUGUGCACUGCUUGACGUCAGCCUCCGACUACUAGCCAAGCGCAACAUGUUAAUGAGUCGGAUUUUUUUUUUUGUAAUUGCAUCUACAAUUUUUAUCAUGAAAAGUUCAUUUGCUCAUCCUACCAGUGUGCUGAAUUGUCAAGACAUCACAUGAGUAGAAUUACUUAGGGACCACAAGUAGAACAAGUAUACCUUACUAUA